GACUGUUGUCAAGAGAGUAGUAGCGGUAGAGCACAGGACGCUCUCUCUGUCUCUCAGAUCUGCUCUUUUUUUUUCUUUUUCUUCUUCACACUAACUCGCUCUCUUAACUCGUUCUUUCGCUGAGUUCGAGUCGGAUACAUUAUUGUUUGAAGUUUAAACGAACUCUGCAGUCUGUGCCGUGUAUGUAUCUCUCUGCGUUUACUGGUUCUGUGUACAUUUGGAGGAGGGAGGAAAAUGUCAACUUAUGUCUUGUGCAUUGAAGUCAUCCACCACGGAAAUGGUGGUUUGAAAGGAAGUUUGGCCUGAACUCCGGUGAGGCUCCGGUUUGACGGUGGAAAGUUUUCUUCGGCGGCCAGGAUGUUCAGGUCGGCGAGAUGGAGGAGCGAGAAGAACAAGAUCAAAUCUGUGUUCAAGUUGCAGUUUCAUGCUACUCAGGUUUCUCAGUUAGGUGUUGAUGCUUUGAUGAUAUCUGUGGUGCCUGUGGAUGUGGGGAAGCCAACAAUGAGAUUAGAUAAGGUUGUUGUACAAGAAGAAUGCUGUCGGUGGGCAAAUCCGGUUUAUGAAACUGUGAAAUUUUUUCAGGACCCAAAGACGGGGAAGAUCAAUGACAGACCAUACCGCUUUAUUGUCUCAGCUGGAUCAUCCAAAGGUGGUUUCGUUGGGGAAGUUUCAAUUGAUUUUGCUGAUUAUGUUGAGGCAACUAAAGCUUCCACUGUCUCUCUUCCUCUUAAGUAUUCAAAAUCCAAUAUAGUCUUGCAUAUUUCAAUCCAGAGGCUGCAGGGAAAUGUUGAUCCGAGAGAGGUCACGGAUUGUGAAGACACAGUAAAUAUGCCCCUGGAUAGGAGAUUGAGGACCCAACUAAGCUCUGGUGAUUCAGAUGAAAAUGUCAAGAGUGACUUUAUUCAAGAUGUGCCACUUACAAAUGCUACUCCUCAUGUGAAAGUAAAUGGUAACCACAGAACAUCAAGUGGAUCCGACAUCACAUUGUCAAGUUCAGAAAGCAGCUUAGGGCUUGAUACACCAAGGGGAUUUGAAACUAGAAACAGUAACAACAAUCAAAAUCCAACUACAGUCGUAUCAUCAAUGAACCAUGCCUCAAUGCCUCAAAAAGCAUCAAAUGCUCCAUACACAUUCUUUGAGGAGAAUCAAAGAACAAAAUGGGAGUGGUCAGGGGGUUCUGAUCUUGGAAUGAGCACAUACGAAUCUACCAAUGGUUCUCAUGACAGCAUUCCAAGAGAAAGAUCUCAAGCUUCAGAAUUUGAAAUUGAAAAGCUCAAGUCCGAACUUGUUGCUUUGGCUAGGCAGGUCGAUGUGUCUGAAAUGGAAUUACAGACUCUGCGGAAACAGAUUGUAAAAGAAACCAAAAGAGGGCAGGAUCUCUCAAAGGAAGUAAUUAUCUUGAAGGAGGAGAGAGAUGCUUUCAAACAAGAAUGUGAGAAAUUCAGGUCCUUUCAGAAGCGCACCGAAGAGGCAAAGAGUAAAAAUAAGUUACAGCAUGAGAGUGGGGAUCCAAGGGCUAUGCUAGACGAGGUCAGACAAGAAUUGAAUUAUGAGAAAGACCUAAAUUCCAAUCUUCGGUUACAACUACAAAAAACACAGGAAUCAAAUGCUGAGUUAAUUCUCGCUGUACAAGAUCUAGAAGAUAUGUUGGAGCAGAAGAACAGGCAUUUGCACAAUGUUGCUAAGAAGUCAGGAUCCUGUGAGAAUAUGGAAGAGCUGGGUAGAACCAUCUCAAGGAGCGAGACUGAUGAUGAUGAGGAGCAAAAGGCACUGGAAGAGCUUGUUAGGGGACAUAUAGAUGCCAAGGAAACAUACCUGCUGGAGCAAAAGGUUAUGGACCUCCAAAGCGAAAUACAGAUUUUCAAGAGAGAUAAGGAUGAGCUAGAGAUGCAGAUGGAGCAGCUUGCCCUUGACUAUGAGAUACUAAAGCAGGAGAAUCAUGACCUCACAUAUAAGUUAGAGCAAAGCGAGCUGCAAGAGCAACUGAAGUUUCAGUAUGAAUGCUCAUCCUCAUUUGCUAAUGUAAUCGAACUUGAAGCGCAGAUUGAAAAGUUGGAAAAUGAAUUCAAAGAGCAGUCACAACAAUUCUCUGACUCUUUGGCGACCAUAAGUGAACUUGAAUCCCAUAUAGAGAUCUUGGAGGAAGAAAUGGAGAAGCAAGCACAAGGAUUUGAAGCUGAUCUAGAAGCUGUUACCAAUGCAAAAGUUGAGCAGGAACAAAGAGCCAUCAGAGCAGAGGAAGCUUUGCGCACGGCAAAGUGGAAGAACGCCAAUACUGCUGAGAGGUUGCAGGAGGAGUUUAAAAAGCUCUACGUUCAAAUGACCUCAACCUUUGAUGCAAAUGAGAAAGUGGCCAUGAAAGCACUGGCUGAAGUAAGUGAACUUCGUUUGCAGAAAACUACACUUGAAGAAAUGCUCCAGAAAGCUAAUGAAGAGCUUCAGUUGGCUAGGGUUGACCAUGAGGCAAAAUGGUGUGAUCCUUCUAACCAACUAAAUGCUAAGACAAAUCAUGUAGAACAGAUGACGUUGGAAAUAGAUGACAAGUCCAAGGAGCUUGAACAUCAAAGGAAGCAUGAGGAAGUCGUUGGUGGGGCUUUCUCUAAAGAAAUCCUAGGACUAAAGGCUGAAAUUGAAAGGCUUGCAAAAGUGAAUGCUAUCCUUUCUCAAAAAGCAGAACAGACAGAAAAAUUGAGGGUUGAACUGAAACAAAUGAAAGCAUCGAUUGAUGAGGCUGAGAUGCUGGUGCGAAGAGGGGAUGUGGAGAGAAAUGAACUGUUGAGUACAAUUGCAUUGGCGCAGAAGGAAGCAGAGAAUUCACUGGAGGAACUAAAUCAGAUGAAAUCUAUCAAAGUUGAGAAGGAGAAAGAAGUUGAAGACAUACGAUCAGAGCUAGAGACAUUUAAAUCGCAGUGUAACGAUUUAAAGCAUUCUUUGUUUGAGGAUGAGACAGAUAAGGAAAAACUCAGAAAGCAAGUAUUCCAAUUAAAGGGGGAACUUACAAAGAAGGAAGAUGCUUUUAACAGUAUUGAGAAGAAACUCAAGGAUAGCAAUAGGAGUACAACAAAUUUUGAUGCAACAAAAAUUACUUCAAGAAACAACAAAUCAUCUUCAGUCUGUAAUGCCCCUAAAGAGGUGGCAAAUCUAAGGGAGAAGAUAAAAUUGCUCGAGGGACAGAUAAAGCUGAAGGAAAAUGCUUUAGAGACCUCCACAAAUUCAUUUUUGGAGAAGGAAAGGGAUCUUUUAAACAAAAUUGAAGAACUAGAAGGCAGAGUGGACGAAAUUAGGCACAUCAGUACAGAAUUAUGUGCCUAUGAAGUUCAGAAGGGAGUGAAAGACUUAAUUGGCGUUAGUUCGAAUGAUACUGCCACUGAAGAGGUUAGAACGAUAGAUGAAUAUGUAAACAACACAGCAUGCAAGUCCGGAGAAAAUGGGACUGCGGAAACAUCAAUUAAGAGUGGUGAACACCUUUCAGCAGAGAGAGUCAUGAAUGUCCAUUCUUCCAAUAAUAGAUAUUGCAACAGCAAUGAGUUGUUAAUGGAAUUAGUAUCGCUGAAGGAGAGAAACGAUGUAAUGGAAAGCGAACUCAAGGAGAUGCAAGAGAAAUAUUCAGAAAUAAGUUUGAAGUUUGCAGAAGUAGAAGGUGAAAGACAACAGCUUGUGAUGACUGUACGUAACCUCAAAAACUCCAUGAAGAACUAAGAAUUGUUUUUUGAUUUACUUAUACCAUUUAUAGUUGAAGUAGCUGUUCACACGUCCAAUCUAGAUGGGACAGUCCCCUGAGAUUCAAUAAAUUAAUUUGUACAAAACUAAUAGAGAUAUGAAGAAAUGCCAAUGUAAAUUAGUUGCCUUUGUUUAUGCAGCUCGUGUUUUUUUUCUUGUAAUUUAUUUAUUUUCAAGGUGGUUGAAAUUUUGUAUCAUUAUAUUGUUUUCUUUUUGCACAAGUAAUCGAAAGUAUUACAGGCUAGAGGUUCUA